AUUGAUUACAAUUUUACUACCAUAGUUCUACGACAAAACCAUGUCUAAACUAUUAUUGUUAUUGUGGUGAGACCAUAGUAAAUGUGUUGUUGCUAUGGUUUUACUGCAAAUAACACCAAAAAACCAUGGUGACUAUUGUCCACAAGAAAAAAAUGCUACAAUAUACUGUACUUCAGUAUUUACUAUGGUAAACUAAUAAUUUGUAUGCAUACUUCAGUAUUCUGUAGUGAUGUAUUACUUCACUAACUUGUGAAUUAAUAAACUACUAUAGUAUUUUCAAAAUGACUAAUUUUACUACAGUUUAUUAUUAAAGUAUUCUACAGUCUUCUUUCAUGGGGCAGCAUAAUUUUAGUAAGGAUGCCCCCCCACAUUUAUUUAUUUUGCUUUGUUGUAUUUAUAUAACUUCGCAGAUGUUUGUUUUGUUGUGUUAUGAAACGUGUGUAAGAUGAGUCAUAGUUUUGUGUAGUCACAGUGGCGUGGGUUUCAGGAGAAGUGGAUGAAUUAUUUAUAUCGACGCUGUAUGCAUAUAGAGUUUAACCCACGUCAACCACAACAAGCGCUGGGCGGAAGGUGCGGACUCCCACCUCUUAAACCUAACAGGCAUGGGAACAUUUCCAGGAUGACUUCCAUCAGUCAGUCAGAGAAGAAGACAGACAACAGAAAUCAUGUUAGUUCUGAGCAAACCGGUGUGCAGAUUGUCUUGCCCACAGGUUCCUCCACUAUGUGCACCACAUUACUCUCAAACAAGCUCAAGCUACACAGAUGAACACACAUCCUAUCAUAUGAUGAGCCACUAUCAGCGUGCAAAUAUCUUUCCUGGGCCUCCAGUGGCGUGGUCCUCUUUGGUUAAGGACUCAUAUGUCCAUCAUCCCCUACCAGACUUCAUCCAUGAUCCAGAGCACUGGCACGGCCACAAAACCAAUGACUUGGUGAAGUGGACGGAGCAGAACUUUCUCAGCAAACGGCUGCACAAGCUGCUGAAGGACAUGGAGGUCAAGGGCGUGUCUAAUUAAGCCUGACAUUUUGGAGCACGGUUUCUGAAAACCACAGCAAAUAAACAAUCACACUCACACUUUCGUAAAGUGUUAUACCACCCGCAGACAGACACACUUUCGCAUAUUCUCGUACAAACAUGUUGGGCUCAGGAUUCACACCUGCACCUCCUACUCAAAAGAGCUGAUAGAGUUGUAUUGGCGAUGUCUCACAAAUCAAUCAAAUGCAGUAAUAGACACAUAUAGAUAUAGAUGUAGAUAGAUAGAAAUGUGUGUUAAAAGUGAAUUUAGUUCAUGUGGUCUGUGUUAUUUUACGCAUAUUGUAACAGAUAUUCGAACAGGAAAAAUUGUACAGGAAGCUGUCUUAAAUGUAAUCAAACAGGAAAAUUGUGUUUUACACAGUGUUGCAGUGAUUAUUAUAAAUGAUUUAUCCAUGCACAGCAUUAUUUUUUUUAUUCAUUUGCACUUGUAAUCUUUAAUUAAAAACAUUAAGCUCCUCUCCCCCUCUCAACAACAAUUCUUCACCACAUGACGCCAGCAACAAAAAAAAAGAGUACGGAAAAGUAGUCAAUCGCAACUUCCUUUUCAUGGUGACUUUAAAGGAGUAGUUCACCUUCAAAAGGAAACUUCUGUCAUCCUUUACUCACCCUCUUGUCAUUUCAA